AAACAGGUGUGUGCUGACAAGGAUGAUGUCGUCAUUGUGUCAGUGUCACCUGGGAAGCGUCUCGGUGUCGCGGCUACACAGCACGCUGCCGCUGUCACACAUCCCAGCUGGUACAGGGCUCCGGAGUACAGAUGUCUAACUGUGCGGUGAAGUGAGUGAGAAGAGAGAAGCAUAGUGGGCUCCAUUGGAAGCGCUCUUUUGUCAAGAUCUGCCCGAGUGCGAACUGAGAAGCCGCGGAUCCAUUCAGCCGCUGAAAAGAGCAGAGGGGACCAGACCCUGACCUCCGACCUUUCGUCCUCGCUCCCUAUCGCCCCCCCCGUCUCAGCGGAGAUCUGCUGUUUGUUAAUGAGGUGUUGAGGUCGUCCUGGACGCUGGCUGUAAAGAUCCGGGGGAAGGUCGGCCACCUGCAGGAACGACCAGCGCCAGAGAGCCCCCCCCCCCCCCCCUGGUGUCAGAAUAUUGUGAGAUUCCACAAGACGGUCCGAGGAAGGAGGGGUUGUGGAGUGACUGAACGAGAGUGUGGGGUGUGAAAGAUAGCAGACGGGUGUUGGACCUCGGGGAGAUUCCACUCACACUUAUCUCUCUCUUCCUCUGAGGACGCGAGGAAGACUGGCACUCUGUUUCAUACUUGGCGGACUUGGACUUCUGUGUAAAACACAGUUUUUUGCUCUUUUUAACAUUUCUUUCAAUCUGAAGACAUGGCCCAAUGUGCUUCGUCACGCGGGCGGACGGUUGAGUGUUGAUCAACGAGAGAACUAACUCACAGCAAGGACCAUGUCGUGGAAAAGGAACUACUUUGCUUCUGGCAGCGGGGGCUUGCAGGGGAUCUUUACCCCGCGCACCAUGACGUCCAUCGCCCCCAGCAAAGGCCUCAGCAACGAGCCUGGCCAGAACAGUUGUUUCCUCAAUAGUGCACUGCAGGUUCUCUGGCACCUGGAUAUCUUUCGCAGAAGCUUCCGUCAGCUGACCACACACAAGUGCAUGGAGGACUCGUGCAUCUUCUGUGCUCUGAAGAGCAUCUUCGCUCAGUUCCAGUUCAGCAGUGAGAAGGUGCUGCUCGACGCCCUGCGCAGCGCCCUGGCCAAGACCUUCCAGGACGAGCAGCGCUUCCAGCUGGGCAUCAUGGACGAUGCUGCUGAGUGCUUCCUCUUCUACAGGGUGACCGAUGACAAGGCCAAGCAGGCAGAGCUCUACCUAGUGGGCAUGGUGUGCUACUACGGCAAGCACUACUCCACCUUCUUCUUCCAGACCAAGAUCCGCAAGUGGAUGUACUUCGACGACGCGCACGUUAAAGAGAUCGGCCCUAAGUGGAAGGACGUGGUGUCGCGCUGCAUCAAGGGCCACUACCAGCCCCUGCUGCUACUCUACGCUGACCCCCGAGGGACACCCGUGGCAGUGCAGGACCUGCCCUCCCGCCUCGAACUGCACAACUUCAACAAGUCCUACUACGACAGCGAGGACUCCGGCCGCGAGCCGUCCAUCUCCAGCGACACGCGGACCGACUCGUCCACCGACAGCUGCUCCUACAGGCACUCUCACUCCCACCAUGAGUCCAUGGCCAGCCACUUCUCCUCCGACUCCCAGGGCACGGUCAUUUGCAACGCCGACCACGAUGGCGCCUCCCAAAGCAGCCUGGAGACCACAGGCCAAGUGACGGACAGUGAGCCAGUGCAGCGCCACUCUCUGAGGAAGAGCGGGCCAGGGGACAGGAAGAGCGGGCCAGGGGACAGGAAGGGCGGGGCCGGGGACAGGAGGCGGAGCUCUAGCCGCCCGAGGCGCUCUGAGGAGAAGAGCCGCGCCUCCCGGGGCGACGAGGCCUCGUCAGCAGGUUACCACAGCGAGGGCGAGACUCUGAAGGAGCAGCAGGCUCCGCGCGCCCUCCCCAAAGCCUCCUCCAGCCGCCUCCGGGACCUGAGGGAGACCAUGAGCAACAUCAUCCACAGCCGGCCCCUCUCCUCCUCCUCCGGCUCGGGCUCCACCCACCCUCCCCAGGCGGGGGGGCCCGCCGCCGCCUCCGCCGCCCACCCAGGCGCCUCCUCGGCCGCCGCCGAGACCCACGACUGGGAGGCGGAGAGCACCAGCAGCGAGUCCAAGUCCAGCUCGUCCGGGGGCCGCUACCGGCCGGCCUGGAGGCCCCGGAGGGAGGCCCUCAACAUCGACAGCAUCUUCACCCGCGAGAGGCGCCGGCAGGUGGGCUACAGCCCGCUGGGGGCCUCCCUCCCCGAGGACUGCGGGGCCCCCGCCGAGGGCCCCACGGGGUCGGCAACGGGCCUGGAGAAGAAGGCCCCGCUGAUCAGCAUGGCGUCGUCCUGGACCCUGCCCGCCCCCCGGGGCCGGGGCCGGGGGGGAGGCGGGGAGCAGCAGCCCCCCAGGCUGAUCCAGAGGAUGGAGAGCGGCUAUGAGAGCAGCGAGAGGAACAGCAACAGUCCCGUCAGUCUGGACAUGCCGCUGGGAGAGGGCUCCAACGCCAGCGCGCAGCACAGGGACCCUGGGAUGAAGAAGCCGUCCGGUUCGGGGCCGUCAUGGCGGACGGUGCCCAAGUCCAAAAGCAGCUCUGCUCUUCUCCAGGACGUCAAGGCCUCCCGCAGGGGCAACAGCCACACAAGCUUAGCGGGUGAGGGCCGCAGCGAGCUGGACGAGCUGCAGGAGGAGGUGGCCCGCAGGGCGCGGGAGCAGGAGGUCCAGAGGAAGAAGGAGAAGGAGAAGGAGGCGGCCAUGGGCUUCAACCCCAGACCCAGCAAGUUCAUGGACCUGGACGAGCUGCAGAGCCAGGGCAAAGGGGACAGCUUGGAGCGGUGUGUGUCGGACGCCGAGCUGCUGCUCGACCAGUCGGUGCGCCUGGAGCAGGCGGGAGAGGUGGCCGCAGCGCUCUCUGUGGUGAACGAGGCCGUGUCUAAACUCAGGCUUCCCAUGCAUGAGGGCGAUGGGGCUAACACUCAUAGCAGGACCGUGGCUGAGGCCCGCCUGCACAAGUGCAUGAGGAGAGCCCGGGGCCUGCAGCAGCGCAUGCAGCAGGAGAGCGCAGCGCCGCAGCCGGACCGCAGAGCUGCGGCCGCGUGGCGCGCAGAGGAGGAGCAGGAGCCGCCCUGCUGCCCCCCCUGUCCCCAGGGAGCACCCAGUAAACAGCCUGUCUCGGUCCAAGUACUGUUGACGGACACAGAGGAGGAACCGCCAGCCAACCAGGAUGCAGCCCAAGGCCCGCCUUCACCUCUCCAUGUCAAGCCCCUCCCCCUAAGCGCAUACUCGCUCCCAGACGCCCAGAGCCACGACGACGCCCCCGCGAGCCCUCGUCCUACGGGGUCUCCCACAGGGGACGGCAGGGACUGGCCGGGCGGCUACGGUCCGGAGGGGAGGGAGCACUGGUCCCAGAGCGCCUGCUCCAGAGGGACUCCCCUCCACAACGUCAACCACGCCUCCCUCCCCAGCCUGUCUGUGGACGCCUGGGAACACGGCCCCAACGAGGGCCAGGCGGCCCACCAUCUGCCCGACCGCCACAGGGCCCCCUCUCCCUCCCACUGGCACAGCCCCCCGCCGUCCCAGACGCCGCCCGGCCAGUGCCCGCCCUCUGGGUCCUCCUCCCCUCUCGGCCGUGGCCAAGACGAGAGUGGGCUUCCGAACAAGGAGGUGUCCUACUUCCGGCAGUCCUCCCUGGGCUCCGCCCAGCCGCCGCUCCCAUCUCAGAACCACACCCUCCCUGCCUCUAGCUCCGCCUCCAGGCCGGGCCUGCCCCCUCCCGCCCCCGUGCGCAACUGGUCGUGCUGGAGCCUGGAUAGGCCCAGCGACUCACCCCUCUUCCCCCCCACGGACCCCCCCCUCCACGGCGCCCUGCCUCCCCCCAGCCCGCCGCUACGGACCCCCUCUCCUUCCCCGGUCGACUACAGUCAAGGAGCACCCAUACCCGUGGAGCGCUGGGCAGAGAACGUGACCCGGUACUACAACUCCCAGCAUGCCACUGGCUGCGUGGGGAGCGGAUCGCCCAACGAGGAGCUGUCGGAGCUGGAUUCUCUGUACCAGGCCAGCUUGCAGGCUCCCAGCAUGCCGCGGGCUUUGCGAGGAGUCAGCCCCCAGCCCGGCAGCAAAACACCUGCCAGGAAGAUCCUCUCUGGCCUGGCCGCCCCUGGCCGCUCCAAGACCCCCACAGCCGAGAUCGAGAGAUACGCCUACAGAACGCCAAGCUACGCCAGCGGCCCCACGCCACACCCCAAGCCCGCGUCCGGAGGGCCCAGCGAGCGCUCCGUGGCGGACGACGAGAGCUACAGCGCCGAGAACCUGCGGCGCAUCGCCCGCAGCCUCAGCGGCACCGUCAUCGGGGGCCGAUCCGAGCACCUCGCCCCGUCACGCAGCUUUGAGCCCCCUGUAACCAGGACACCAAAGCAUGCUGAUCCCCGAGUCAGCGCCUCCUCCUCCUCCCGGCGCCCCAGCACCUCCUCCCUGCACCUCCCCUCCUCCUCCUCCACCGCUCGCUACCCUCCUCCCCCCGCCUCCCCCCAGUCCCACCCCUUUCCCCACAACCACCACCAACACCACUAUGUCCCCCCCGCCCUAGCCUCAGCACCACCGCCAUCAUCACAGCACCCCCUUCAGCAGGCAUCGCGGCCCCCCAGCGCAGGGCCGUCCUCUUGGGGACGCUCAGGAGAUCCCCAGAAGGCCCAGCAGUUUCUGGCUAUGUUUGACCGGGGUGAAGCUCUCUCCCGUGAAAACAACUACCACAGUGUUGCGCUGAGCUACGGCACUCUGCCCCGGGCACCUCGCAGGGCGAACGGCUCCUCCUCUUCCUCCACCUCCCUCCCCCGGCCCAGGGAGGGCCCUGGCCCCGGCCCCGCUGGCCCCUCCGGCGGCCUCUGGAGCCGGCCCGACCCUGGCUACACCACCCUAGCCCACCCCCGCCGCUCCGCCCCCAAGCCUGGCACCGCCAACGGGUUGUACAGGCAGCCGGGCAGGCCCAACGGCACCAUGCCCCCACCCCACCACCACCCGCCCGCCCUGUCCCACCAUCCCCGCCGGCUGCCCGGGGAGACCCCGGCGCAGCCCCUCCGCCUGGACGUGCCCCCCGAGGGCGACUGGAGGACCCCUACCUACAGGGUGGCUCCGCCCACGUCUGUCCGGGAGGCCCACCCUUUCCGCCAGCCCGCCCAGAGGUCCGAAUGCCCGCCCGUCAGAGCGCAGCGCGCCCUCUACGGCGGCGCCCAGCUCUGCUCCCUGUGCCAACAGCUGCCCAGCGAGCCGUCGCGCCACUACUGCCAGGCCUGCGGGGCGUACAUGGCACGCUUUCGCCCCGCCAGGUGAUCCAGCCCGGCCUGGUCAACACGCUGUCUCUCCCCCCCCCCCACACACACCUCCCUCCCCAAACAGCCCCUCACCUCCACCCCCCCAGUUCGCUGGGUCUGCACAAAGGCCUGAGGUGAAAACACACACACACAAGACUCCGCUCUCAAAGACUAGCACGUAGUCUCAGUCGUCACAAACCUCUGAUUUUAAUGAAUGUCUUCAUGACUUCAACACCUGUCAUAGCGUCAGGGCCGAUGGGAGCAUUUCCCAGUCCUCCGGUUGCACACGGCUCAGAUGAGACUGAAGGGUGGAGGCAGCGUUUUGGAUCAGGACUAAAGAGUUUUAAAAGAGAUGGAAAAACUCCCAGACAGAAAUGGUUGUUUUGUAAUGUUGCAGCCUCACUGUACACUGCUUUGGAUGGAGGAAGAGAACCGACUCUUUGGGGUCACACUUGGAACUAAGAUUUCUUUAGUUACUGCACUACUGUAUUUAUUUUUUCUAGGGUAAGUAGUCCUUAAAUUAUCUAACCAAUUUAACCUGUUUGACCUGUAAAUAUAAUCUGCAAUAGACCUGCUGUACUUUUAUCAUUUCUAUGAACUAGCUAGUUAGCAUUAUUUGGUAACUAACUGCUGUCUUGUAGUACGGAUCUAUGUAUCUCUCAUUUAGAGAGCCCUGUGCUAAAAUACUCUAGAACUUUCUCUAUGCUUUAUGGCAGCCUUGCAACUGGUUAAGCAUGGUCUUCAAUGGAAAUAUACAUUAAAAGGGAAUCGCUUGACUUGGUGUACAAUAUUAAGAGAAAUAUAUACAAGUGAUCUGUCUUUUUUUAUUAGUGCAGUGAAUUUACUAAACUGUGUCAAACACGUUUAGUGCACUUCAUAAGUGUUCAACAUAGUUUUAUCUUUUGCAGUUGUAAGUCUAUUGACAUUUCUCCCAUUGUUCUGGGGGAUGCUCAAUGCUAGCCUAUUUUUGUACUAGAAGAUAAACACAAGUUCAGAGGAUGGUCAUCCUGUCCACCUGGAAGGUACAUCAGAGGUUUACACACGGACAGGAAGUGAUGUCAGCGGACAUUCCAUAGAGUGGGCAUUUCUAUAAGUUUAGAAACUAGUGCAUACGUUUAGAAUAUUUUACAAAGCACAUGCCAAGCUUUCAAUGCAACGGGGUUUAACUAAUCAUUUUGGAAACUUGGUCGUAGAGUACUAGCUCUAUUUGAUUAUUUCUGGUCUAUUUACAAAGGAGAUAGAUAAUAGGUUCAUUUGUGAGAUUCUGUCAUUUUUUGGGGUUUGGGAUGACAGUGUGCAGCUGUGC